AUGUCGGACGCCUUCAAGACGAAGACGAUGAAGCGCAAGAACGUCAAGGGUCUGGCCCUUAGCGCUCCCGCUCCUCGUCCUGCACAACCCGCCACGCCCGACGGUGAAUCAACCGGUGGUCAAGAUGGAGGCCGCGCAGACACACUUGAGAUCGGAGUCGAGUUCAGGUUAGAUCUCAAGAGCGAAGAUCUACAGGUCAUCAAAGAGUUGGGAGCAGGAAAUGGUGGCACAGUCAGCAAGGUCAUGCACACAGCUACCAAGGUUGUCAUGGCACGCAAGAUCAUCCACGUCGAGGCAAAGAAGGAGAUCCGAAAGCGCAUCGUACGAGAGUUGCAAAUCAUGCACGAGUGUAACUCUUCGUCGAUUGUAUCUUUCUAUGGCGCCUUCUUGAACGACAUGGGCGAUGUUGUCAUGUGUAUGGAGUACAUGGAUGUCGGCUCACUGGACAGCAUCUCUAAGAACUUUGGACCGGUGCGUGUCGACGUUCUAGGAAAGAUUGCAGAGUCCGUCUUGGGUGGGCUCGCAUACCUCUACCGCAUGCACCGCAUCAUGCAUCGCGACAUCAAGCCAUCGAAUAUCCUGGUCAACAGCAAGGGUCAGAUCAAGUUGUGCGACUUUGGCGUCAGCAGUGAGCUUGACAAUUCGGUGGCUGAUACUUUUGUCGGAACGGGCACGUACAUGGCGCCCGAGAGAAUCCAGGGAUCUCCUUACACAGUCAAGUCGGACGUGUGGAGUGUCGGUUUGUCGUUGAUGGAGCUUGCCAUCGGCAAGUUCCCCUUUCACAGCGAGAAUGGCGAAGACGACGACCUGGCCGGCCCUCAGGGCAUUCUCGACCUUCUUCAGCAGAUCGUGCUGGAGCCAUCACCGAAGCUUCCCAAGAGUGACGCUUUCCCCAAGAUCCUCCACGAUGUCAUCGACAAGUGUCUUAUGAAGAACCCUGACGACCGACCGACACCAGCAGAACUCUUCGAGACAGAUCCCUUCCUGCAAGCUGCUAAGCGCACGCCUGUCGACCUCGAGGCCUGGGCUGUCAGCAUGAUGGAACGCCACAACCGCAAGUCUCACCUUGUGCCACAAAUGUCGCCUCAGACAAAGCAGCUACUACGAUCUGGAGGCAGAGAGCCUGAGAACCAGCCGAGUCCGGCAUCCUCGUCAUCGGGCGACAUCCCUAUUAGCACACAGUCCAUGCCGCGCCACUCACAACGCCCGAGUUACCCUAUGCGCACCUCUAGCGCUGGUCAGGUACCCAUGGCUAGCCAACAGCCCAUGAACCUGCCUAUACGCCCUGCACCACCCGCCGCCUCCUUGUCACAACCACGCUCCGCACGCCGCGAGCCCGUGCCUACAUCGAGGCCCGAUUCGGCCCCGCGCUCGACGCCCAGACGCGCUCCCAACUACGAUUACUCAAACUACGAUGACAUUGUCUCUGGCUACUACGACACAAACAACAAGUUUUAG